AUGGUGGAAGGCGAGAGGGAAAAGAAGAAGAAGAAGAAGAAAAGGGAGCCUCAGCCUCAGCCAUUAGAAGAAGAAGAUAACGAGCCUAAGCAUAAGAAGAAGAAAACAAGGGAGGGUUUCUAUGUCAAUUUCUCCAGAAGUGAAACCCAAACCCAUGAAGAAGAAGAAGAAGCAAAUAAAAAGGGUAAGAGCGAGAGAAAGAAUAAGAGAAGACGAAAAGUCAAUGCCAUACGCGUUGGCGAGCGGCUGGUUUCUCCUUAUUUUCACAAUCAAGGAGGAGGAGGAGGAGUAGAUGGAGAAAAAGAGAAAAAGAAGAAGAAGAAGAAAAAGGAACAAGAAGGCAACUACAAUGUGGAUUUAGAUGAGGCCAAUGCCAAUGCCAACGCCAACCAUAAAAGAAGAAGAAGAAGAAGAAAAGUUCCGAAAUGCGAUGAUGGCCAACGGGUGGUUUCACCCUAUUUUCAGAAUCGAGGAGGAGAUGGAGAAAAGGGUAAGAUAUUCCCAACCUCUGCCACCAAUUCAGGCAUUAUUGUUAAUGUAGUAGCUCAAACUGAAAAGGCUUCUUAUGAAAACAAACCCAAGACAAAGAAGAAAAAGGAAAAACUAAAUUGCAAUGUGGGUUUACUUGAGGCCAAUGCCAAUGUUAAUUCCGACCGCAAAAGAAGAAGAAAGCCCCUAUAUGCAUUGGACAGCGAGUGGUUUCUCCCUAUUUUCAGAAUCAAGGGGGAGAUGGAAAAAAGGGUAAGAUGUUUGCGACCUACCUUAAUGUAG